AUGUACAUGUGGGACGACUGCGGGUUUUAUCCAAGCGAAGGAAUUGAAGAGUUGAAGUUGAGGUGCUUAAUAAAAAGAGGAAAUGAUGGCAAGUUAAAGAUGCAUGAUCAAUUGAGGGAUCUAGGAAGGAGCAUUGUUGCUCAAGGACAACCGCCGGAGAGACGUAGCAGAUUAUGGGUCUAUGAGGAAGCCUUCAAAGUACUAAUGGAAAAGAAGGGAACUCAACGGGUCGAGGGAAUUUCUCUCGACGAAUCGGAGCCGCUCCAGGAAUACACAAGCGAACAGUUCAAAAACUUCCAGAGCUUGAGGUUCCUUCAAUUGGGGUGGGCAGCUUUAAGUGGAGACUUUAACCAACUGUUUUCACAAUUAAGAUGGCUUCGGUGGUCUGGCAUUGACGCUGAGUCUUUUUCGGCAACCAAUUUGCAUUUGCCAAAUUUGUUGGUGCUGCAAUUGCUAUGGAGUAAUGUGACAGAGCAUUGGGGAGGAUGGAGUUCAUUCAUGGUGGCAAAGCGGUUGAAAGUUCUCAACCUUGAAUAUUGUGGACAUUUAAGAUGUACCCCUGAUCUCUCGGCUUUCACAGAGUUGGAGAUUCUUAUCUUAAGUAGCUGUCCCAAGCUGGAGCAAAUCCACCCUUCUAUUGGCAAAGUCAAGAGCCUCGUUUGGUUAGACUUGAGUGAUUGUGCCAGACUCAAGGAGCUACCAGAGGAAGUGAGCGGAUUACAAGAACUAAGAAAACUUCUUUUAGACAAUUCUGGUAUUACGAAAAUUCCAACGUCAAUCGGUUCGCUAAGCAAGCUAAAGAAACUGAGUGCCAGGCAUUGUUCAUCAUUAAGAGAAGUCCCUGGCUCAAUUUGGAAUUUACACAAUUUGCGGCAUUUGCACUUUGAUUAUUCCGCGAUUGAAGAGUUCGGAAGCUUGAAAAAGUCUCGUCUCUCAGCUAUCCCAAAGUCGAAGUACAGUGAUGAAUUGGAGCAAAUCCACCCCUCUAUUGGCAAAUUCACGAGCCUCAUUUCCUUGGACUUGCGUUACUGUAAAAGUCUCAAGGAGCUACCGGAAGAAGUGGGCGAAUUAGGAGAACUAAAAGAACUUCUUUUAGACGACUCUGGUAUUACGAAAAUUCCAACAUCAAUUGGUUCUUUGAAGAAUCUAGAGAAACUGAGUGCCCACGGUUGUUCGUCAUUGAGAGAAAUCCCUAGCACAAUUGGGAAUUUGCAGAGUUUGCAACAUCUGGACCUUGGUCGUUCUGUGAUCGAAAGGCUACCCACUUCUAUUGGAAGGUUGAAGAAACUGCGGAUGCUGAGACUCCGAUUGUGUAAUCGUCUGACAGGGGAAAUUCCAAGUGAAAUCGGUGACUUGUCUUCGCUCAAGAUUCUCGACUUCCGUAGAACAUCUAUAACUUACCUGCCAAAAAGCAUCCAGAAUCUUUCUUCUCUCCAACACCUUAACCUAUCAGCCUGUAACGAUCUCCAGUCACUGCCGGAGCUACCUUCCAACUUAACAUAUUUGACGGCCUCUGGUCGGAGUCCCAAGUUGCCACAGCUUUCUUGCCUGAUCCACCUAGAACAACUCCAUCUUCAUGAAUGCUUUGAAGUGAAAGACCUCCCGGUGCUUCCGUCAAAACUCUUGAAACUUUCUCUUGUCACGUGCCCCAAGCUUAGUAAAUGUCAGCUUGAUGGACAGCUUGAUGGACUCAAGAAUUUGGAAGAGUUGUCGAUAGAAAGAUGCCGUUCCAUAGAAAGAUUGGACCUUUCACAGUUAGAUCGUCUGAAACGAUUACGCGUGAAGAGUUGCCAUUUUCUAGUUGAGAUUCAGGGCCACGAUAAUUUGGAGUUGUUGGAGGAGAUAUCUGUAAUGGGCUGCAAGUCCAUUCAAAGGCUGAUCCUUCCAAAAUUACAGCGUUUGAAGCACUUAAGGGCUAUCGAUUGCAAAAAUCUAGUUGAAAUUCGAGGUCUUGGUAUGGCACAGCUCUUGGAGACGUUGGAUAUCCAAAAUUGCGGGUCCAUCAAAAGAUUACCCGACUUAUCAUGCUUUGCAACCCUGGAAGUGUUGGAUAUAUCAGGGUGCAAAUCCCUGGAAGAACUACCAAACCUGUCGAAAUUUGAAAAUCUCAGAAUUAUAAGAUAA